AUGUCCGAGAAGAUAAAAGGUGCAGUGCUGGCUGAGGCCAAAAGCACUCAGGCAAUUGCUCAAGAUGUGAUCACGUCUGGUGCAUACUUGUACCCAUUCAAGGGAAUUGUCUACUUCGCAACCCACAAAGAACUCUGGCGUCCUUUCAUCUCUCGCGCCGGCCGAACUAUGACAUUGGGACUAGGAAUCACGAGCGUCAUGUUCUUCUUCACGUACAUGCCACAGGUGGCCAUCAUGGCCUUCACCAAUGGCCCAUUGGCUGCUAUUUCUGCAGCAAUUCUCGUUCUUGGCGAAAGCUCCGCCAUUACACAUGUCCUCUCACGCGCACUCCUCGUCGAAGACGCCAUGAUAGAUACCUUUGAUGGCACCCUGGUCGCGCGCAACCAGGAGUCACUUGUGGCACACUCGCGCCAGGUCAAGCCCCGAUCGGGUGGGAAAGAUUCGAUUGCUAGACUGGGUAGAAUUCUUAUUCGGCCUUUAGAGAAACUGAACCCGAGGUCCGUGCUGCGAUCGGUGCUCUAUCUGCCCCUGAACCUCAUUCCUGUGGUCGGAACGGUGUUGUAUAUCUACAUGCAAGGGAAAAAAACAGGACCAGUUCUGCAUUCCAGAUAUUUCCAACUUAAGGGCUGGGACGAUCGGACACGAGACGAGUGGGUGAAGAACCACGAAGGCGCAUACACUGGGCUGGGAAUUGCAGCCUUUGUCUUGGAAAUGAUCCCAUUUGCCUCGAUUCCAUUCUCGUUCACAAACACCGUUGGCGCGGCUCUUUGGGCUGCUGACCUAGAGAAGGCAAACAAGUAG